AUGGCAGCAGCUGCAUCAUCUCAGAAGCCAGGUGCCAAGAAGAACACGGUCAUUCAUCUCUUGUCUGGUGGUAUUGCUGGAAUGUGUGAGGCACUCACUUGUCACCCAUUGGAUACUAUCAAGGUUCGAUUGCAACUCAGAGGAGAACGUAUGCAAAAAAGGCCUGCUAUGAGCGUUGGAGGUCAAAUGAGCGAAGCUGCUAUUGCUGCUGCAAAGGCAAAGGCUCGACAAAACUUCAUCGGUCUUGGUAUACAGAUUGUCCAAAAAGAAGGCUUCCUAUCCUUGUACAAAGGUCUAGGAGCAGUCAUAUCGGGUAUCGUGCCGAAAAUGGCUAUUCGUUUCUCUUCCUUUGAAGCGUACAAAGAUUGGAUGGCUGACAAGGCAACUGGGAAAACAAGUUCUGCUGGAAUCUUUAUUGCCGGUUUGGGUGCUGGUGUGACGGAAGCUGUGCUCGUAGUCACUCCUAUGGAUGUCAUCAAAAUCAGAUUGCAAGCUCAAAGGCAUUCCAUGACAGAUCCAUUGGACAUUCCAAAAUACCGUAAUGCUGCACAUUGUGCUUACCUAGUCAUAAGAGAAGAAGGUGCUAGUGCCUUGUAUAAGGGUGUUGGAUUGACUGCAUUACGGCAAGCAACCAACCAAGCGGCCAACUUUACCGUCUACCAAUACUUGAAGACGGCGUUGCACAAAGCGCAACCAGAAGCAGGCGACACUCUACCUGCCUACCAACAUAUGUUGAUGGGUUUCAUUUCAGGAGCUUGUGGUCCACUAUUCAAUGCACCAAUUGACACCAUCAAGACUCGUAUCCAAAAGAAUCCCAGUCAACAACGUGGUUGGGCACGCUUUGUGGAAGUGACUACUGGCAUGUUGAAGAAUGAAGGAUGGAGAUCGUUCUGGAAGGGAACUACGCCUAGAGUAUUGCGUGUUGCUCCUGGUCAAGCCAUCACCUUCAUGGUUUAUGAGCGAGUGUACAAGUGGUUUACCACUUUGGGAGACCGUUUGAAAUCUGAUGACAUGGACAAGGUAGCUUUAACAAGCAAAGACAGCCAUGAUAAUUAA